AUGUCGAAGCAUACUCUUCUCUCUGCGUGUCGCGCGCGAACCAUCACCGCAUCCCCGCCGACCAUAUUUAUAAAACUACAUAGCAGAACACUCGCAACGGCCUCCACCCCAUCGCAGACCCUCUCUUCUCCCGUCCGAGCUAUCCCAACAUACCUCCUCCCAUCGCAUUGCCAGUGGCGACCACGGAAGUCCUCGCCGAGUCUCCUACGACAGUCUCGUACACCUACGGCCGCAUUCAGCACCUCCGCCGUAGGCAACGCGACAGUCGCAACGUUGAAUCCACAAGUGAAUGAGGAAGGAGAACCAUUACUUGUUUCUAUAUCCUCUCGGGCUGCAAAGCGAUUGAGAGAAAUCACCAACCCCACUGCCUCCCCGACACCCACCCAAAAGGAAAAUCCAUACGAUCACCUGCGAAUUACAGUUACGAGUGGCGGGUGUCAUGGUUUCCAAUACCUAAUGAGCCUAGAGUCAAGCUCCAAAAUCAGUGCAGAAGAAGAUACCGUCUUUGAGGUAGAGGAGGAUACUCCGGACGCUGCGCCAGGCGCCGAGACUGGACAAGCAAAGGUCGUCAUGGACUCCGCCUCGCUCGAGCUGUUGUCGGGAAGCACGGUCGAUUACACCACGGAGCUUAUUGGCAGCCAGUUUAAGAUUGUGGACAAUCCGCAGGUUGAACAGAUGGAUUUAAAGCGUGUACGAUAG